UUAAAAGGAGUCAUUAAUUAAACUCAUGUAAUCAACUUGCUAACAAUAAAUUAAACAUAUACACCAAAAUUAAAAAAAAAAAAAACAGACUAGAAAACUAAGAUAAUUAAGUUUGUGCCUGUGAUUUCUGCCAUUAUAUAUAUAUAGGCCCCUUAGGACAUUGAAAUUGGCAUAACCCCAGACUCAGAAAGAGAGAGAGAGAGAGCUAGCAAGAAAGAUACAUAUAUACACAUAAGUUCAUUUAAUUUCAGGCUGAUAGUAAAUUGACACUUACUAUUCAAAAUGGCUCCUCAGCAAAACAAAUGGUCGCUUCAAGGGAUGACUGCUCUUGUCACCGGUGGAUCAGCAGGAAUCGGGCAUGCUAUAGUGGAGGAAUUAGCAGGAUUAGGUGCGACGGUGUACACAUGCUCCUUAAGUGAACCUGAGCUUAAUGAGUGCUUGGAUCACUGGAAGGUUAAGGGUUUCAAGGUCGCUGGUUCAGUGUGCGAUGUAUCCUCUCGAGCUGAGCGGGAAAUAUUGAUAAAGGACGUCUCGUCUUUCUUCAAUUCCAAACUCGACAUUCUUGUAAACAAUGUCGGUGUAAAUUUCCGAAAACCUACUCUGGAAUACACAGCAAUUGAUUUCUCAAUUCUGAUGAGCACCAACGUUGAAUCCGGUUACCAUCUGAGCCAACUCGCGUAUCCCCUACUGAAGGCUUCGGGGGCAGGAAACAUUGUGUUUCUGUCUUCAGUUUGUGGCGUUACGUCUGUUGGUACGGGAUCGGUCUAUGGAAUUGCCAAAGCGGCCCUGAACCAGCUGGCCAAAAAUUUGGCAUGUGAAUGGGCUAACGACGGCGUGAGAGUCAACUCCGUUGCUCCCUGGUUCAUCCGGACACCACUUUCGACUGCUUUCCUGAUGGACGAGAAGUUCUUGAAGGAAGUGGUGUCAAGAACCCCACUCAAACGCUUAGGGGAGCCCAAGGAGGCCGCAUCUUUGGUGGCAUUUUUGUGCACGCCUGCAGCUUCUUACAUCACUGGCCAAACCAUUUGCAUUGAUGGAGGGUUUACUGUGAACAGCUUCUUCUUCCAACCCGAGAUAUGAGAUCUAAUUAGGAAUAUAUAUAAAAAUAUUAUAUAUAUGCUUAUCAUAUUCGUGCAUAUUAUUGUACUACGUAAGGAUGUCUUAUCGAUAUAUUUGUAUGCAGGCUCAUCAUGCUCGACUAGUAUGCUAGCUUUAUAUAUGUGUGGAUAACA